GGAAGAAUGUCUUCGUGUGAAUGAAUGUGUUAUUUUUAUUUGCAUUGUUUCUUCAUUGAUAUGAGAUAAUAAUUUAAUAAUCGAUUGGGGGUCUUCGUUUUGGUCAGAGCGAAAUCUCGUGUUAGUUGAUAUAACCAAUUCUAUAAAUGUGAAACGCCGUUUUUAUCGGAAAACAUCAAACAUCAAUCAGGAAGAAAAAGGGAGCGGGGGGCAAGGGAGCUGGUUGAAAAUGUAAGAGGAUUUGAUUUUGCAGCCACUGAAAAAAAGAUUAAGUCUACAGCAGUGGAAGUUACAUUGUGCUGAAUAUAAACAAUGGGCGGAUUGGUCUUUAGAUGAGACAUUGGUACCACCUUCCAUUCUAAAAUAAAAUCGCCCUGGCUUGAAGUCACAGCCUAUUUCACAUCCGGUUUACACAGUGAUAUGUUACCAUUAUCCUGGUAAAGUAAAGCUUUAUUUGGCUGCAGUCUCCGUAUUUAGAGUAGAUUUUGUAGUUAGAUUGUCAAUUUGUUGGGGACUGAGAAGAGUUUCACUCCCCACACCAUUGAACAGUGCGCGAGACCUGCGCAUACUCAGCAUCGUCAGCUGCCGCUUCUCGAGACUCAAGCUACAUUUCGUCAGAUCUGAGAUCUGGGAGGAUUGUUCUCAUCGAAUCCGUGUAGAAAAGAUAUCCAUAAAAGUUUGAAAAUACGACAGCCUCGAACAUCUCUGGAAUAUCGCUUGACAAACCACUCUCCAACCAUGGGUGGACGGACAGGAACGGCCAUACUGCUAUGUGUGUGGGCCUGUUUGCUGGUGGCCAACGUGCUUUGUGGGAAAAGCUCUGGACAGAAUGGCCAGACGGACGAGCAGAAAGACAACACGACAGUGUUCACCCGGAUCCUAGACAGUCUUCUAGAUGGCUACGACAAUCGUCUCAGACCAGGGUUGGGAGAGCGUGUAACUGAAGUCAAGACUGACAUUUUCGUGACGAGUAUUGGGCCCGUCUCGGACCAUGACAUGGAAUACACCAUUGAUGUGUUCUUCCGUCAAAGCUGGAAGGACGAGCGGCUAAAAUUUAAAGGGCCAAUGGCGGUUCUCCGUUUGAACAACCUGAUGGCCAGUAAGAUCUGGACCCCUGACACAUUCUUUCACAAUGGCAAGAAGUCUGUGGCCCACAACAUGACUAUGCCCAACAAACUCCUACGAAUCACAGAGGAGGGAACUCUGCUCUAUACUAUGAGACUGACCGUAAGGGCAGAGUGUCCCAUGCACCUGGAGGACUUCCCCAUGGAUGCCCAUGCUUGCCCACUGAAGUUCGGCAGCUAUGCUUACACCAGGGCUGAGGUUGUGUACGUGUGGACGAGAGGGGCAGCCCAGUCUGUUGUGGUGGCUGAAGAUGGCUCUCGGCUCAACCAGUAUGAUCUGAUGGGGCAAAGUGUGGACUCUGGGGUUGUCCAGUCCAGCACAGGAGAGUAUGUUGUCAUGACGACACACUUCCACCUGAAGAGGAAGAUUGGUUAUUUUGUCAUCCAGACGUACCUGCCCUGCAUCAUGACGGUGAUCCUGUCCCAGGUGUCCUUCUGGCUCAACAGAGAGUCCGUCCCAGCCAGGACUGUGUUCGGAGUGACGACUGUGCUGACCAUGACCACCCUCAGUAUCAGUGCUAGGAACUCUCUCCCCAAGGUGGCCUAUGCCACAGCCAUGGACUGGUUCAUUGCAGUCUGCUAUGCCUUUGUCUUCUCUGCCCUCAUUGAGUUUGCUACAGUCAACUACUUCACAAAGAGGGGCUACGCCUGGGAUGGAAAAAGUGUGGUGCCAGAGAAGCAAAAGAAGAAGAAGGAGUCCCUCCUGAAGAAGAACAACACCACCGCCUACACCGCCGCCACCGCUACAGCCUUCGCACCAAACAUUGCCAGAGAUCCUGGUUUGGCCACCAUUGCCAAAAGCGCUCCCCCUCCCCCCACUGAGCCCAAGGAAGAGCCAAAGCCCAAGCCACCGGAGGCCAAGAAGACCUUCAACAGCGUCAGCAAGAUCGACAGGAUCGCCAGAAUAGCCUUCCCGUUACUCUUUGGAACCUUUAACCUGGUCUACUGGGCAACUUACUUGAAUAAAAAGCCUAAGUUACAGGGUAUGACCCCGGGGUCCCACUAAUCUCAAUCCCCCUUUCUUUUUUCCCCAAAUGUUUAUUUUCUGAAAACAUGGUUUUCAUGCUGGUUGAAUUCCCAGUCGCCACAUUGCUUUAAUGUCAAAUACCUUCCAAGAUUUAAAAAAAAAUUGAAAAUAGUAAAGGUCUUAGGAUCUGAGCAAUGUGGUAACUAUUUCAUGGGAAUUGUUUUUUGGGGGGGAGGGAUUAUGCUACUAAAGAAAAUAUGCUAUAAAUAAUAUAUGAUAUACACAAGAGAAUGCUAUUCUACAAAUGCACAUAGCGCAACAAUUGUUAACGAUCUAUUAUUCGUUUUUGUUUUCUGAUAUAUGUUCAGUUGUUGUUUUGCUUUACAUUUUUAACACUGUAAAAGAAAAUUGUGUUUUUGCAUGGACUGGGCAUUUUUCUUUUCAGAGAUCAAUCAACAUUUAUUUCACCCAUGGACCAGUUUGUUUGAUAUCAGUGACAAAAUGCUACCUUCAAUCUUCAUCAAAUAUUCCUCUCUUCUCUGUAGUUGAUGUUUUGGGGUUUGUUCAUUUCCUUUUGUUGAAAGAAUCAAGAUAGGGGUUCAGCAAUAGCAAUAAAACAUGUCUCAAUGGAAAGAAUGGCGUUCAUUCAUCGAUUUUAGAAGAAGCUAAAUGGUUUUAUUUUUUCUAUGUGCAACAUUAGGAAUAAUAUUAAUUUAGUUGUUUUGUAAAAAUGAUCAUGUGUUAGAGAUGUCAACAUUAUGUUUAAGCUUUUCAAAGAGUAACUAAUGGUAUACAUAUACAACUCCUGGCACACAAAAAAGUUUUUCUUUCUUUAACUGUUUAUGAAACAUUAAAAAUAGUUUGUAUGAAGAGAGUAUUUACUGAUUCACUCCAAAGUGACUGUUUCUUACCAAGUCAGUGUUCCACUGAUCGCUGGUCAACGUUGCCAGUGGUUAUCAAGUUAUUAAGUACUUAUCAAGUAUAAGUUAAUAUAUAUUCAACUAAUUCCAUAGCUGUGUGUAUGUGCGUACUGACACCAACAAUGUGUCAAGGUCUGGGAUAGUAAUGAGUAAGAAUGUAAAAAUGUCGAAAUCUAAAUGUCGGAAUGCAUUUUAUAUUUAGAAUUAAAAAACACUAUUAUUCUUUACUUUGGUUUCUGGUUUCUGUGGCAGAGAUGAGCCCCUAAAGGGACAUUUGUACAGGGCCCAGAGGACUGUCAGCAAGAUUGUUAAGUUUCUAAGAUGUCUGGUAGCAGUGAGCGUUGCACCGGGCGGGCAGUGGCAAACACAUUGAGAGUGAAGAGCAGUGCCACAAAGGAAAGGCUACUCCCAUGAUUGAUGACACUAAGUUUUCCAUCCUGCUCUAUUCCAUGACCCUGUGAUGGCUCCGUAGUUCCCAUCUUCUGUUGCCGAUGUUUUAGACAACACGUAAAACGUAGCUGCUACGCUGCCUUUAGUCUCACAUGCCGUUAGAGAAAUGCUUCUUUUUGGACUGCAUCUGUUGCUGCUUGAUGUUGAUGAGAAAGAAGGCGGAGGCACUCAACUUUAUUGGCUGGUGCUGUGUUCUGCGCAUAGGAAAUGUCUUGUAGUUCUUUGACACUAUUGAAUAUCUAUAUUUUUGUAGCAUGAUGUCAAUCCCUCCUCAGAGAGAACCAACAGAUUCUAAACCAAACGUGAAAACAUGUUUGCUUUCUUUUUAUUUUCUCAUUCCAUCAGACAAUGUUUUCCCAGAUAUGGCAAGUUAAAGUUAAUUGUCCUUCUCAAAUUCUGUUAUUGUAGCAAUAUUGAUUAGCAAGGGCUUUUUGAAAAUCUGAAUUUAAAACAUGCAUUGUCCGGGGUGAUAUCCAUGGUAGCUUUAUGGUGACCUCAGUAGUCAUAGUUCCAUGUGUACUGUUGUUAUCCAAAAUAUCUUUUGAUUAACGAUCACGAGCGAUGGCUUAUAUUUUUUUCUUCUCUGUGGUUUUCAAGCCGUCAGCACCUGACUUGCUUUCAGAAAUCUAUGAUCCAAUUUGAGAGUGAGGGUAUUGCAUAGCAUGGGUUGGGGUGUUUUUACAGUAAAUGGGUUUUAUAGUAAUGGACAUUGUGCAGUGGUGACGACAUCUCUGGACCUUGUAGAAAGACUAGAGUGUAUUGUAUAUCAGUGCACAGGGGUGAAAAGGUCAGUGUUUCCCAGAGGGAGAAGGAGAGAGUCAGUUGCAUUAUGACCAAUAGACAGAAUCCAUUCCUGGAGAUGGAGGGCUUUCAGGAACAGGUUCAUUCUGCCGUGCACAGAGUAGUCUGUUUCAAACUGCGUCAGGAACAGGUUCACUCUGCCGUGCACAGAGUAGUCUGUUUCAAACUGCGUCAGGAACAGGUUCACUCUGCCGUGCACAGAGUAGUCUGUUUCAAACUGCGUCAGGAACAGGUUCACUCUGCCGUGCACAGAGUAGUCUGUUUCAAACUGCGUCAGGAACAGGUUCACUCUGCCGUGCACAGAGUAGUCUGUUUCAAACUGCGUCAGGAACAGGUUCAUUCUGCCGUGCACAGAGUAGUCUGUUUCAAACUGCGUCAGGAACAGGUUCAUUCUGCCGUGCACAGAGUAGUCUGUUUCAAACUGCGUCAGGAACACAAGUUCCGUGUGAAAUGUACAAAUAUAAAUACAUAGAUAACUAAAUUCAAACGUAUUGUAUGGAUGUUUAAUAUCAUGACGAAAACAGUAUAAAUAUAUAUAUAAUAUACAUAAUGCAUAUAUGACUAUUUCAUAAAACAUACUAGCUAAGAUAAUGAUAAAUAUUGUUUGUACCAACCUAUUGUUAUGCAUUUUGCACAUUAGAAGUAUGCUUUACAUGUAUGUAGUCAGCUUUGUGCUAUGCAAGGACAGCUUUGCACCACGUUAAUUCACUUUUUUCUUUGACUGUUGUGUUUCCAAUUAAAAAGGUAUUGUAAAACGCUUAACUCUUUAAUCAACCAUGCAACCUACUUAGCCGUUUAACCAUUUUUUUCUGCUGGGUAAUCACAAAGUUGAUAGUGAUUGUGAAUUACUCUACCAUUAUUUCUUGAUGUACAUGUCUGAAUCUAAUUAUGGUUGAUGGAAAGAUGAUGGCUUUGAAUGUCGAUUGCAUUUUUUUUUGGGGGGGGGGGUAUGGUAAUAAAGUUAAUCAAUUGAAAACCUCAAGCUAAAGUAUAUCAAGUUCACGUAAAUAUUUUUAUUUGAGGAUAAAAUUAAUCAGAUGUGAUAAUAUAAUCUGAGACUGAUGAAUUGCAGACUGGAUAAAUACAUGUUUUUCUUUUCCACAUAGCUAGCACUUUAGUUUUAGAGAUAACUAAAUCCCUGAAGGGUUCCUCUAUCAUUUAGCAAAUGAAAACCUUAGCUACAAUUCAUUUCAUAGUGGAAAGUGGACCCACACCACUUGUUGUUAUUCUGGCAUACUCAUUUAGUAAGGCAUUGGAUUUGCUCCAUAGCACUGGCUGUGGAAUCUGUGGCACAUUUUCAAACAUGAGCUUCCAACCCCUUACCCUUUUACAUUCAUCAGCUGUAACAUGUAAAAGCACCUCAAACCGAUCCCCUAUGUUGAAGACCAAGUGAUCCCCCAUUGAGAAUCCUCCAUCGUUGCUUUUCAAAGUUGGGUCUUUGAUCAAUAUUAGGUGCCUGUGGGAGUUUGUUGUUUUCUUGUGCAUUUAUUUAUCAGGCAUACAAAUGUAAAUAAAUCAGAAAUAAAACCACAUUUUCGAAAGCGCAAAUGUUGCAGAUAUAUAAUGGAUGAGGAUGAAAGGCAUCCACACAUACUGACAUGUAAUAUCUGACAAAUGACACAAGAUGAUGGAGAAAGGGAAGGAUUCUGUUGGAUUGGAUGAAAAGGUGCAUCUUCUGUAAAUGUAUGGUUUUGUUAUAAAAUGACCCUCAGUAGAAUCUGAUUCUCAACAUACGUCUUUAAAUAUACCUGGUCAUGUUGACAUUUUUAUCAAUGUGUAAUAAAUUAUUAAAAUGCCAA